AUGAACCGUGAAGACCGGAAUGUGCUGCGUAUGAAAGAAAGGGAAAGGCGAAAUCAAGAAAUUCAACAGGGUGAAGAAGCCUUUCCACCUAACUCUCCUCUCUUUGCUGAACCAUACAAAGUUACCAGCAAAGAAGACAAAUUGUCUAGUCGUAUUCAGAGCAUGCUUGGUAAUUAUGAUGAAAUGAAGGAUUUUAUAGGAGACAGAUCGCUAGAAAAGCUCGUUGGAAUUCCCAAACCAACUGUACCAUCAACACCAGAUGAAAAAUCAAACCAAAGUUUCUUUGGUGAUCAGAGACAUAAUACUAGCUCACAUCAGAGCAGCAAAUGGACUCCUGUAGGACCAGCACCUAGCACUUCCUCGCAGUCUCAGAAACGGUCCUCGGGUUUGCAGAGCGGACACGGUAGCCAGCGUGGCAGCGGCAAUAACACUAGCAGUGGUGGCCAGAGACACGACCGUGACUCCUACGGUGGCAGCAGCAGUCGCAAAAAAAGCCAGCAUGGGUCUGAACACUCCAAACCCCGUUCAUCCAGCCCUGGAAAACCAUCUGCUGUUUCUUCUUUGAGCUCCAGUCAUUCGAGAUCUCACGGAAAUGAUCAUCACAGCAAAGAACAUCAACGUUCAAAAUCUCCCCGGGAUCCUGAUGCCAACUGGGACUCUCCCUCCCGUGUACCCUCAUUUUCAAGCGGACAACACUCUAAUCAGUCUUUUCCACCUUCACUAAUGUCCAAGUCCAGUUCAAUGUUACAGAAACCCACAGCGUACGUGAGGCCGAUGGAUGGACAGGAAUCCAUGGAACCAAAGUUAUCCUCUGAACACUACAGCAGUCAGACUCACAGCAGCAGCGUGAAUGAGCUGAAGCCCAGCAGCAAAGCACAUCUAACCAAGCUGAAAAUACCUUCUCAGCCACUAGAUGCAUCAGCGUCUGGUGAUGUGAGCUGUGUGGAUGAAAUUCUCAAAGAGAUGACCCAUUCUUGGCCCCCUCCUCUGACUGCUAUUCAUACACCGUGCAAAACCGAACCGUCAAAGUUUCCUUUUCCAACAAAGGAGUCUCAACAGUCCAGUUUUGGCACUGGAGAACAGAAACGAUAUAAUCCUUCAUCAAAAACAUCCAACGGUCAUCAGUCCAAAUCUAUGUUGAAAGAUGACUUAAAACUUAGCAGUAGUGAAGACAGCGAUGGAGAGCAGGACUGCGAUAAGACAGUGCCAAGGAGCACACCUGGAAGUAAUUCUGAACCUUCACAGCAUAACAGUGAAGGAGCAGAUAAUUCAAGGGAUGACUCGAGCAGCCACAGUGGAUCUGAAAGCAGUUCAGGAUCUGACUCUGAAAGUGAAAGCAGUUCCAGUGAUAGUGAAGCUAAUGAACCAUCACAGAGUGCGUCCCCCGAGCCAGAGCCACCACCAACAAACAAGUGGCAACUGGAUAACUGGUUGAACAAAGUUAAUUCACACAAAGUGUCACCAGCUUCUUCUGUGGACAGCAAUAUCCCAUCCUCCCAAGGCUACAAAAAAGAGGGGCGGGAUCAGGGGACAGGGAGUGGGUACACUGAUCAAAGCGGAUCCAAGGACUCGAUCUCUUCUACACCGGGGCGAGAUUCCAAACCUACCCAGAAGGGCUCAGAGAGCAGUCGUGGCAGGCAGAAAUCACCUGCCCAGAGUGACAGCUCAACACAGAGGAGAACUGUAGGUAAAAAGCAGCCCAAGAAAGCAGAAAAGACAUCUGUUGAAGAGCCUAGAGGAGGUCUUAAAAUAGAAAGUGAGACCCCAGUAGACAUGGCAACAAAUAUACCUUCAAACAGGCAUAAGGCAGCCACAAAAGGCUCCAGAAAACCCAAUAUAAAGAAAGAGCCCAAAUCUUCCCCUCGGCCUACAACAGAGAAAAAGAAAUAUAAGGCAUCAAGCAAAUCUGCCCAGAAAUCCAGGGAAUUCAUAGAAACAGAUACCUCAUCCUCUGAUUCAGAUGAAAAUGAAAGCCUGCCUCCUUCAUCGCAAACACCCAAAUACUCUGAGAGCAAUAGGACUCCUGUUAAAUCUUCCAUGGAGGAGGAUGACAGCUUUUUUCGGCAAAGAAUGUUCUCUCCUAUGGAAGAGAAAGAGCUUCUGUCACCACUCAGUGAUCCUGAUGAAAGGUACCCACUUAUUGUGAAGAUUGACCUGAGCCUCUUAUCCAGAAUACCAGGGAAGCCUUACAAGGAUGCUGAUGCACCCAAAGUGGAAAAGAAAAACGUGCCAGAGAAGCACACGAGAGAAUCCCAGAAGCAACCGUCUGACAAAAGUUCUACAAAAGGCAAAAGGAAACAUAAGCAGAAUGAGGAUGAAAACAGAGCCAGUGAAAGCAAGAAAACAAAACUGGAAGAAAAAGGUCCGUCAGGACACAAGAUUUCUAGCAGUAGAGAGUCCUCAAAGCCAAGUGCUGUUAAGGAGAAGGAUUUACUGCCAUCUCCUGCUGCCCCAGCCCUGCAGAAAGAUUCCAAGCAAGAGCAUGGGUCCCGGAAGAGGACGGUCAGUCAGUCAUCAUCCUUAAAGUCCAGCAGCAACCUUGGCAAGGAGAGUAGUGGUGGCAGUAAGAGCAGCUCAUCUAAACAGAAGAAGACGGAGGGGAAGGGUUCCAGCAGUGCUAAAGAAACCAAGGAAAAGAUUCUGAACAAUUCAUUAAACUGCCCUCCCGCGUCUGCUCCGUCUACGGAAAGUUCAAAGUCAAGAAGAGCAAAACUUGUUUUUGAUGAUAGGACUUACUCAGCUGAUCAUUAUUUACAAGAAGCAAAGAAGUUAAAACAUAAUGCAGAUGCAUUGUCUGACAGGUUUGAGAAGGCUGUGUACUACCUAGAUGCUGUAGUGUCGUUCAUUGAGUGUGGGAAUGCAUUGGAGAAAAAUGCUCAGGAAUCCAAGUCCCCGUUCCCUAUGUAUUCAGAAACUGUGGAAUUAAUCAAAUACACUAUGAAACUGAAGAAUUACUUGGCCCCGGAUGCUACGGCUGCAGAUAAAAGGCUAGCAGUGCUCUGUCUUCGGUGUCAAGCUCUACUAUACCUAAGGCUUUUCAAACUGAAAAAGGAAAGUGCGUUGAAAUAUUCUAAAACCCUGACUGAACAUCUGAAGAAUUCCUAUAAUAAUUCUCAAGCACCAUCACCUGGUAUGGGAAGCAAGCCUGUUGGUAUGCCGUCUCCAGUCUCUCCAAAGCUGUCUCCAGGGAAUUCAGGAAAUUACUCUUCUGGGGCAGCUAACCCUUCAGGGAGCGGGUCUUCGGUGACGAUCCCUCAGAGGAUCCAUCAGAUGGCAGCCAGCUACGUCCAGGUUACGUCCAACUUCCUCUAUGCCACUGAAAUUUGGGACCAAGCCGAACAGCUGUCUAAAGAACAGAAAGAGUUCUUUGCUGAACUGGAUAAAGUUAUGGGCCCUCUGGUUUUUAAUUCGAGCAUCAUGACAGACCUAGUGCGUUACACCCGUCAGGGAUUACACUGGCUGCGCCUGGACGCCAAGUGAGACUUUGAACUGAAGGAAUGGAAAAUGGAACGCGUUUUUCUCGCUGCCUCUGAUUUAUCUCCACAACACUGUGUCAUGUCAAUAAGGAAGACUGCCAUAACACAUUGCUUAGUUGACACUAAGAGCAAGGAACGCUUUCACACGUCUGCCAUCCUCAUUUGUGUUUUGUGUUUUAACCCCGAUUCAUCUGGUUAACGGACUGCUUCAGUAUUCCCAUUUUAAGUUAUUUAAAUAUUUUAAAAUUUGCUACAUGUAAAAUUUGCUACAUGUAGUUUUGCUGAUCUAUCAUGGAUAGAUCAUUGGAAUUCCAGUCAUAAUACAGAAAUAGUCAGUUUAAAUCCUAUUUAUUUUAUUUUUUUUUUUUUUAAUUUUAAUUUUUAAAAGCCCAGUUUGGGGCAGUUUUUAGCUAUUUCUUCCCUAAAUUUACCCUUUUGAGUACUUAGCAGAAAUUAAACAUAGACACUUUAUUUAAGUACUUUGUGAGCUUUGUUACUCUGUAAUGUCUUGUGGUGAUAGAGCCUGAAAAAGGAACUAGGGUUGAUAGGUUCUAACAUGUAGGGACACCAUAAUU